AUGGUAGAUAUUGCGACAAAUGUAUUGACUACUACGGUUUCUGUUCAAUCGGUAUCUCGGCAUGCAAUCUCGUUCUGGUUGCGGUGCUUGUCGCCUGUGUCAGCUAACCAUGACAGCCCGCUGUGGGAAGCGCAGUCUGUUCUGGAGCACCCAACUGAGCUGCGGAUUAACACCUUGGGUAUAGAACCAAUUACUCGGUCAAGUCAUUACGAAGAUGUCAGGUCCAAUUUCAACUUCGAUAUCAAUCAGGUUGAUGGUGAAACGCAGAACGAGCUACUCAUGGUAGUCACGAGCGUCGAACCCUUCCAGCUUACAUAUCUUGAACCAAUAAUUUUCUACACCGAGCAUGCCAUCGCGGUUGAGCACGCCGACUCGGUGCUGAACAGGAAGGAACCCUGGACACGGCAUACCCUGGAUAGUAUCUCUGAUGCGUAUUGUAUGCAAUGA